CAUUCGUCUACAUGUCACAAUGUCAGUCAAGUUCAAAAUCAAAACAUUGAAGUCGUGAGAACUAAGAAAUAUACUGAAGAAAAAGUUGGAACAUAAAGUUUAGAAAAUAGAUUCUUAAAAUGAAACGACUUCGUUCUCAAGUAAAAUCCUGUCUUAAAACUGAAACCGUGGAAAUAGAAAAUUCCGAAACUUUAAGAAAUCACCAUCAUGCUUUAUUAGAGGAAGAAAUAAGAAACCUAAGAGAAAAACUAAUCAACUGGUACGAUAUUAACAAGCGAGAUCUUCAAUGGAGAGAUUUAGCUAAGCAUAUAGAUCCUAACAUCAGAGGCUAUUCAGUGUUGGUCUCGGAAAUCAUGCUUCAGCAAACCCAAGUAGCCACAGUCAAGUCUUACUACUCAAAGUGGAUUGAAAAGUGGCCAGAUCUUACAGCUUUAUCUAAAGCAACUUUGGAAGAAGUGAAUACUCUAUGGUCAGGGUUGGGUUACUAUUCCAGAGGAAAGCGUCUUCAUGAAGCAGCAUGCAAAGUUGUUCACGAGAUGGAUGGUACAAUGCCUCAGAAAGCUGAACAGUUGCAGAAACAGUUACCGGAUGUUGGACCAUACACAGCUGCUGCAAUUGGGUCUAUAGCUUUCAACGAACGUGUGGGCUUAGUUGAUGGAAAUGUUAUAAGGGUGAUUACUAGGUUGUGUUCAAUUGGUGCAGACACCAGUAAAAAGAGUGUGGUUGAUGUCAUAUGGAAGUUGUCUAAUGAAAUGGUGGAUCCGGAAAGACCAGGAGAUUUCAACCAAGGCAUGAUGGAGUUGGGGGCGACCGUAUGCACUCCAAAGUCUCCUCUUUGUCAGUCUUGCCCUAUUAGUUUAAUGUGUCGUGCCUACAAGAGAUCAAACCAAAAAGAAGCAGUAGGUCCCACAGACAUCGAAGAUGUUCCUGAUUGCUUAUUGUGUCUGCCGAUCGACCAGCCUUGGAUUUUGAAGGAUGGGGUGACCAAUUAUCCUCGGAAAGCCAAGAAAACAGCAGCCAAAAUCGCCCGAAAUAUCGUCUUGAUUGUUGAGCGCCCAACAAAUGAAUCAGAUAGUAAUGAGUAUUUACUGUGGCAAAGACCAGUCAACGGUUUACUCGCCAACCUGUGGGAGUUUCCCAGUUUUCCCUCCCAUCAGUGGAGCGAUGACUUGGACGAGAGCAGCGAACUGACUGCAGCGCUGGACCAAUCGAAAGGACUGCUGACCGGGCGGACCAUCGAACGCUGCCAGUACGUGGCAGAUGUUUUCCAUCAAUUUUCUCACAUAUCCCAAACGUACGGUCUCUACCGUGUUGCGGUCAGAGCGUGUGAAAACGCCAAAGACAAUGUCGUAUCCUUGCCUGACCACUACCAAGGCUUCAGGUGGCUGAACGCCCGUCAGAUUGCCGGAGCAGCCAUCUCCACCGCUAUGAAGAAAGUCUUCCGCGCCUUCACCCAGAACGUGGACGGUAGUGGCAGCAGCUCGUCGUUGAAGCGGAAAACGAAAUCAAAGGAGACCGGAACCGUCUCCAAGAAACAGAUGACGUUGCAGUCGUACUUCAAGAACAGUCAGACCGAAUAGAAAAUGACGUUGGAAAAGAACAAUUCAAGUGAAGGCGUAAAAUGUGUAUUAAGAAUAAAGGGAGUUGGGAGUUGGGCGAGGAGCGGAGGAUACAAUUUGAAUUAAUUGCUCGUGAUGAUCUCCUCACGAAAGAUUACAACACUGCAACACAUAUCACAAUAGCAAGUGGUGGUAGUAACCAAAAGAAUCGCGAUUCACACAACUAAAAAUGUUUUUUUUUUCUUAUUUUUUUUUGUUUUGUCUAUUAUUUGAUUUUUUUUUAUUCCACGGCGCGUACAUAUUCAUCAUGCACAGGGUGUGCUGUUUCGUUCUUUAAUCGUCCGAGAUCACGCAGAUAUACAAAGAUUUGUUCCUUUUUUUUUUUUUAUUCUAUUUUCAUUUCAUUUUUUUUUUUUUUACCAUUAGAGAGAUAGGGGAGGAUGAAUUGGGAUAAGAUCAAAGUU